CAGCCCAGAUGUUGGUAUGAGUGACAUGUCCUGGUCAUGUGUGAACAUGAACGUGACGGCAGGAAAUAAAGCGCGCUCAUCUGUGACUGGCACAUCGCAUCGUGCGCAACAGGGAAGUAAAGUGUAACCCACUUUCUAGGUGUUGCUAAAAGUUGUCUUUGCUGAGCUGCUCGGUGCUCGAAGUCGGUUUUAGUUAGUUAAAACGACGAAAUACAGCUUUCUUUUUUACUGGACUAAACGUUAAAGCUUUUAAAAGUGAGAGAUGGAGGCAGGAAAUGUUCAGUAGGAUAAUCAACUGGUGGAGGACAUUUAUAUGAGACACAGGAGGAGGAAGAGGCUGUUUUUUUUCAAUGUUUUUCAUAUUUAACUGAAGACCUGCUUGAUCAUGGCCCAGUGGAGACACGUGUCCCAGAUGAUACCAUGCCUGUCUGAUGACACCGUCAACAACCUCUAUCCCCCAAAUGCCUUCCCCAUUGAAGUCAGACACUUUUUAGCUGAAUGGAUCGAGACACAAAGAUGGGACGACUUUGUGCUGGAGAAGGUGGAGCAGGAGAGCCAGGCUCGGGCUCUGUUGGACCAGACCAUCAGCAUGCUGCAAUCGAUGGCUCAGCAGAACGCCAAUGUGGUGGACAGGAUGAAGCUGAUGCAGAUCAGCAGGAACAUGACCAUGUUUCAGCAGCAGCCUCUACAGUUUGGGGUGAUGGUCAGGGACAUCCUCACAAAGGAGAGGGUUCUGCUCAGCCAGCCCACUCAGAUGCCCAACUCUCCACAAUACCAACCGUACCCGAAUAGAGAGUCCUCGUUCCCCAACAUGCAGGAUGUAGACCACCUGGUUCUGAAGGUCCUGGAGGUCCAGGACAUCCGACAAAAGAUGCACCAGCUGCAAGAAGAGCUCAACUGGGAGAGGCAGAACUAUGAGGGUUUACAAGGGCCGAUCCAACAGAACGGACUGGAUCCCUCAAAGUCAGAAAUCCAGAAACUCCAGAAUCACAUCCAGCAGCUGGAGUACAAAGUGAAAGCAAUGUCCACGAAGCGUUUCCAGCUGCUGCAGGAGUGCGUGGACUGUCUGGAUCAGUGUCAGACCAGACUGAUCAGCAGGCUGAAGGCGUGGAGGUGGGAUCAGCACAAGGCUGCCAUCGGACAUCCCUUUGACGACAACCUCAAUGCCCUGCAGACCUGGUGUGAGCAGCUGCUUGGCGUAAACGGGAAGCUGAGACAGGAGUUGAUGCUGAUAGGGGAACCGAUCCCAGAGCUCCAGGAACGGCUGGGGCAACUCCUGCAGGCUCUGAUUCAAAGCUCUCUUGUAGUGGACAAGCAGCCUCCUCAGGUCAUCAAGACUCAGUCAAAGUUCUCAACAACGGUGCGAUAUCUGCUGGGGGAAAAAGUCGCUCCGGGGAAGCCGGUGGUGCUGAAGGCGCAAAUCAUUAAUGAACUGCAGGCCAGGAACCUGACCAGUGUGUCUGGUGAUAACGUCGGGGAGCUGAUCAACAACACCGCCAUCCUAGAACACAACACAGCCAGCAAGAGCACAUGUGCCACCUUCAGGAACAUGUCCAUCAAGAAGAUCAAGAGAGCAGACAGAAAGGGAUCAGAGUCGGUGACGGAGGAGAAAUUUGCUCUCCUGUUCUCCACAGAGAUCACCAUCACAGGCUGUGAAACUCCAUACAGGAUACAGAUGAUCUCACUGCCGGUGGUCGUCAUUGUGCACGGUAGUCAAGACAACAACGCUCUGGCCACCAUCAUAUGGGACUGUGCUUUUUCAGAACCAGACAGAGUGCCGUUCAUGGUGCCGGACCGCGUGCCCUGGAGGAUGAUGUACAGCACUCUCAACAGCAAAUUCACCUCUGAGGUCCAGACGCAGCACAAUCUGGACCACUACAACCAGCACUUCUUGGCCCAGAAGAUAUUUGACAAGCCCGACUUUGCCGACGACUUCAGCAACAGUUAUGUUACCUGGGGCCAGUUUAAUAAGGAAGUUCUUCCGGGUCGACCGUUCACUUUCUGGCAGUGGUUUGAGGGAGUGAUGGAGCUGACCAAGAAGCAUCUGAAGACCUACUGGAGUCAAGGGCUGAUAUUUGGUUUCAUUGGGAAGCAGCAUCUACACCUGAUCCUCAAAGACAGGCCCAACGGGACGUUCCUGCUUCGCUUCAGUGACUCUGAGAUCGGAGGCAUCACCAUUGCAUAUGUGUCCGCUUCUGAGAAUGGGGGCCAGAAAAUCCAGAACAUCCAGCCCUUCACCAAGAGAGAUCUGGAGAUCCGUAGCCUCGGCGACCGCAUCCGGGAUAUCAACCACGUAACAUACCUGUAUCCUGAAUUUCCUAAACAUGAAGUUUUCAAAAAAUUCUACACUGCAGAGCCUCAAGUGUCACCCCUCGGUGGCUACAUCCCCGUGUCUCUCCAUACUAAAGUUGGCACGGAAGCUGGCUCAGCCACACCCCCGGCUCCCAGUAUGACGCCCCCCUCUGAAAGCCCUGGCUUCUCAGUGCAUUCGUUCCCGCCGCAAUUCAGCCCGCAGCCGUCCAUAAAUCAAGACAUAAUGGAGGCACCUCCAUCUGUGGAGUUCACUCCCAACCCUGACGGCUUCGUUGAAGACAUUCCCGCAGAUGAAAACAUGGAACUAGAUUUGGAGACUUUGCUCGGGACUUACCCUCAUUAGGAGGAUUUCCCAUCAGAGUUGUUUUUGGAGGGUGAAGCAGACAUCGGAGAAAGAGACCAGAGCCAAAGUCGUCUGUCUCACCUUCAUAUGAAAAGAGCGCCCUUGUUUGAGCAGACUUUCUUCUUCCUUCACGUUUCAUCAUCCAUCUACAGAUUCAUCUACUUUUGAGCAAAAACAAAUCUCUGGGACUCAACAGGUUUAGCUGGUGCUAUUUGAAAGCAGGACAUUUUAAGGACAAAUGUCAAACUGAGAACAAAUGAAAAGAACCAAGAGGGCUGUCAUCGCUGUUCGCCGGCCACUUUUGUUGUGCACCUCUUUAAAACCCUCGCACUCUCGCUCUCACCUGGUGGUAGGUCUGUUGAUGUUGUUGAUCGCCACUCACUGGGUUAUUUUUUUUGGUUAUGUCGUCUUCCCUUUUUUAAGCUAUGAUGAGGUAAGUAUAUUUGAAUAGUAUUUCCCUAUUGUAUAUAACCCUAACUUAGUAUACCCCCAAUCUUACAGUAACGCACAAUAUGCAUGGUAAAGACUUAUAAUAUCUCUUAAUCUAACAGCUCACUGUGGCUGCUCCUUCUUGUUCUAUUCGUCUCUGCAAUAUUUCAAACUGAUCCACUGUCAAAAAAUUACGAAAAUGACCUUUGUCUUGUCUUUUGAUGAACGAUAGCGGUCAGUGUCAAGCUCACCGACAAACACAUUGCAUUUCAUGUGAUUACUUCAUAAUGCCACCUUAUGUUCGGCCAGUUAAAUGCUUUUAAAGUGAAGGUGCAGCAGUAGGAAAUGUUCGGUUUGCAUUAGCUGUAGCGUAACGUAUUUUCCGUAAAUGUCGCCACAGACAUCCAGUUCAUAAUACUGCAAAUAUUGCAAUCAGUGGGCCAUAAGCUUAGUCACCACCAUUGUGUUACCCCAUUCAGCGAUAUAUAGUGAUUUAAAAAAAAAAAAUGAAAAGAUUAUAAAGCUACUUUAAAGAAUCAAUUGUGUGUAUUUUCUGCUCUAUGUUCAUAUUUUUAAGGCUUUCGUUGGUUCAAUCUCAGACAAUCAUUUUUUGGUAUUUUUCUCUUAAGUAUGCAUCAAGUCCAACUAAUUGCCCAAAUGCAAAAAAUGAUCUGUCUUCAGUCUUUCAGUGAAAGUAAAUGAUCCACAGAAUAUUUUCAUACCUUUAGUGCCAUUUACAUUUUUUAAUUAGAUGCUAUUCUAUGUAACUAAAUUGAUGCUGUUUAGUUUGGAGUUUCACAUAACAUGUUAAUGUGCCAUUUAAAUUUUUGGGGGGUGUUAGAGAAUAAAAACAUGGUAGGGAUAUAUAAGUAAUUAGCGUUACAGUUAAAAGGAAACAUAAAGAACGAUAUUAUUCUGACAGGUGAUUUUUGCUUUGUGGCUAUAAAUGUAAUUUUGCUCUGAUUUUAGCAGCUUAGCUGAAUGUAUAUCAAAAUCAAUCUUCCUCAUUAACUAACUGUUGAUUUUAUGAAAAGCUUUGCACUACCUACCAUCGCUGUCAAUGUUGUGCAUGUAAUAUAAUAUAAUGGUGUGUUGGACGUGCCAUGUUGUAUGAAUGUCUACCAGAUGAUAACCUUUUAUAUCUUUUGGAUUGACUUUUGGAUAAAUCUACUACAAUCCAUAUAAUCUUUCAACUGUGGUGACGAAUAAAAUCUCAGUUUUUUCUCAAAAUA